AUGGUGCACUGUCGUGACGUCCUUGCUUCUUCUGAGCCCGACAGACCCUCGACAGACCCUGUUCCGGUUUCAGUAUCGGCAGCGUCUGGUCCUUUCAAAACCCGGGAGCGCUGCCCGGAGAAGUGCGACGAGACCAAGCCCGCAUGUCUGAAGUGCGCCAAGGCAAACCGCGUGUGCCCCGGGUACCGUGAUGCUUUCGAAAUCAAUCUUCGCGACGAAACACAGUCGACCAUCCGCAAAGCGAAGUCAGCAGCUAUUCGAAAGGCAUCCAAGGAAGGCCUUUUGAUCACUGCCGAUGGUUUUGGAGAUGGCUUGAUCAACGGCAUUGCCGCCAAUUCUCCCAACUGGCCUCCGAUAGGCAGGCAGCAGCACGCUAUUGAACGGACCGCCAACUCGUCAUCAUCAUCUUCAUCAUCAUCGUCCCCCUCUGCCUCCGCAUCUCCCUCCUCUUCGUCAUCAUUCUCUCAGAUCAUCCUGAAUAAAAAGAGCUAUGAGGCCUAUCGAAGGUCACACUCUGUCGAAGCCGAGAGGCUCCCCCGUGGUCUCGACACCCCCUUGGACGAACAAGCCACCUGCUUCUUUCUGUCAAACUACGUCCUCGUACCACCAGCCGGUGUUGGCCACGGCAUUUUCACAUUCCUAAUCCCGCUCAUUGACUCACCCAGAUACAAAGCAUCGCCCAUGCACUCAGCGUUCACGGCCGUUUCGAUGGCUGCGCUGGCAGGCCGUCCAAACUCGCGCUCGCUCUUCUCGGUCGCGCAUACGCACUACAGCAUAGCGCUCGAGCAGUUGACGCGCGCCAUGCAAGACCAAGACCAAGCCAAGCAAGACACGUCUCUGGCGGCGUCCAUUUUGCUGGCGUUUUACGAGGGACUCGCCAAUGACGAGUACGAAAUGUCGACCUUUUCGAAACAUAUCAGCGGGGCAGCCGCCAUGAUCAAGCUGAGGGGCCCCAGGUUGAUCGAGUCACCUUUGGGAGUGGCCAUGUUCGAGGUUGUCCGGGGAGCGGCUAUACGCCAAUACAUGUUCUUCUCGGAGUGUUCCAUCGAGGACAUCAAAUGGUGGGCUGGACAUGCUGUGGCCGAGAGUGUCGGGCACCAAGCCCUCACCCUCAAUCUACAGACAACCUUGAUUCGUGCUGAAGCAGACCACUUAUUCCAGGGCGCUCACUCUGCCGAAAAGAUCGAGCGUGCCCUCGAACUCUCAAAGAAAGCGCGAGCUCUUGAUGUCCUCAACGUCGGCAUCUACCUACACACCCUCUUCAGCGUACUCACCCUUUCACAAUACUUUUUCGACCCCUGCACCGUCAUCCCGAGCCAGAUUUCCACUCUCGCGCAAGAUGAGACGGACAUGUUGUACAAGAAUCUGACUGCCUAUCCAAACCUCGAAAUCUACACUUAUCCCAAUGUCUGGGCCGCCGGCAAAUACAUCACCACCCACGUCUCCCGCCUGCUGCUGGCACAGGUCACAGCCCGCUGCAUUGCAUGGACAUGCCAACCAGCCGAUCCGUUCCGUACUGAAGAAUAUCGCGAGGUGCAAGCUAUAGGCAGAGAGCAGGUGGAGGAGAUCAUCUCAUCAACACCUUACUUGACUGGCUGGGCGGGCGACUCGACGACAACGCCGUACUUUCCCUGCGGAACCGCUGAGAUGCCCAAGGGGCUAGCGAGCGUGACCUGCAUGUGGCCUCUUCUGGCGGCAGGCAUGAGCCGCUUUGCUGACAGGAGUCACCGGGCCUUCGUCAAGGGGCGGCUCACUCAUAUCGGUGAGAUGAUGGGCAUUCGGCAGGCUGAGGUCUUUUCCAAGAAUAUUGACAUCAACACAUGUGGCCCGGAUCGACAUAACUGCCAACUUCCUGAUCUAUCUUUCCACUUCAGACACUAG